CACAGCCAAUGGGAAAUACCGGCGAAGCACCAAGAGCCAAUCACAAGACGGUUUGCUAUGACGAUGCCAAUAGGAGUUAGUCUCCUCGCUACAGUAUUGCGCAUGUGCCCGGCAGCAACAUGGCUACCCCUGUGGAUCUAGAGCUGAAGAAGGCUUUCACUGAACUGCAAGCCAAAGUUCUUGAUACCCAACAGAAGGUUAAACUUGCGGAUUUACAAAUUGAACAACUAAAUAGGACAAAGAAGCAUGCGUAUCUUACCGGUGCAGAAAUUAAGACCCUGUCUGACUCCACGCCUAUGUAUGAAGGAGUAGGAAGAAUGUUUGUCCUGCAAACAAAAGAUACAAUUCACAACCAGCUCUUAAAUAAACAAAAAGUCGCUGAUGAGAAAAUUGCAGAGUUGGAGCAAAAGAAGACGUAUCUGGAGCGAAGCGUAAAGGAUGCUGAAGAUAACAUACGAGAAAUGUUAAUGGCCAGAAGAGCGCAAUAAGCGUUGCCGUCAGCACGGACACACAGUUUUCUUUAUUUAAUGUUUUUUUUAUUACCUGUGGAAUAUGCCAAUAAUGCAGUCAGUAAAUAACAAGUGCAUUUUUGAGUACAUGCAGCAAGACGCAAUAUAACUAAUAAAGGCAAGUGAGAAAAUGUUCUAAUUAAA